CGCCUGCCCACGCACUAUCUACAAACGCCUGCUCGUGAGAAAAUAAUAGUGAGAGAAAAUAAACCGGAUUACAAAAAUGUUCCUUCAGCCGUCUUCCAUCCACUUCACCAACACAGAAGAAACUAAGAUUCUUCAGGAUGCGAACACGGACUCCAAGAUGGACGAACUGUCCAAGAGGCUGCUGGAGAACGGGGGAGUGCCCAAGCUGCAGGUGACCGAGAAGGACGGCCAGUUCUUCACGCUGAACAACACGAACCUGCAGGUGUUCCGCUGGAUGGAGUCCGUGGGCAGGGUCAAGAGCAUACAGGUGGAGAGCGUGCCGCUCAGCGUCGUACCGGAGGGCAUCAGACAACUCAUGACCGUAUCAUCUAGCCCUAAGGCCAUUUCUAGUAAAGAAAAUAGAGACACAAAAGUUAUAACAUAUAAACCCAUAGAGCACCGGAAGACGUGUUGGGUAAAUGAUGACGAUGCCAAUGACGAAAGCGGAAGUGACGACACGGACGGCGAGAGUGACAGUGAAUUAGAUCCAGAGGAUGUGCGCCGAGGUCCUGUACAUUCAUCAGAAGAACUCUCCGGCGAAGAGGACAGUUUGCUUUAGUCGAUGCGACACAGUCACUGACGUCAUACUAUGGCUCUGCGACAAUCAAGUGCAAAAAACUAACAUGAACCAAUGGGUAUUUAAAUUCUGACCCGAGUGCUUAAACAAUAAACAGUGUGUAUAUACGGGACUCUGGGAUCCAGGUUGCACUGUGAAUUGUUCGAAUGUUAUGCAGACAGAGGUGAAAAUUAAUUAAUUAAUUAAUUAAUUAAUUAAUUAAUUUGUUUGUUUGUUUGUUUGUUCAUUCAUUUAUUUAUUACCGUUGUCAGUUUCAUAAAUGUUUUUCGCAGUCGUUUUGUUUCAGUUGAAACAAAAAUAGUGGAUUGGAAGAAGUUUUAAACUAUUUCAGUUUGUGUUUUUAAUUAAUUGGUGUUUUAAAGACAUUUGCAAGUGACUCGAGAUCUAGGAAAACUUCCAUUUACAUUCUAAAAUGAUUGUUGUCAUGAACGCUUCAAUACAGACCAACACAACCGCUUUUGGGUCAAACUGGAUUCUGAAGCGCCAUAUUAGCAUCCACGGUUCGCCGAUUGGUUAAAUGUGAACCGGAACAGCUCCACUUGACCCGGAAGUGGUCUGUACCAUUGUUGGGUCAUACUUGAAUCGUGAGCUCUCCACAACGACUAGGUCGUACUUGAUCUGAAACGCAUGACAUGCACGCUUGUUUCGGACUUGAUCCAGAAAUACACCAAGGUCCUGGCUAGAUGGUCCUGGCUAGAUGGUCAUUGAUUUUGAAAUGUCAUGACGUCACAGUUAGCUAGGCAUUUAGCCGGACGACAGUUUUGGGUCAAAGUUCGUGGCGAACCUGCAGAUAUUUACGGAGUGGCUGCAGCUCUGACUGGUAGUUUAGUCAUUUGAAACGGUGAAUAUAUAUUCCCAAUAAAUUAAUAUAUAAUUAUUAUUUCGUAUACAAUUAUUGUGCAGUACACACUAGAGGCUGAAACCAGUGUAAUAGAAAAUAGCACCACGAUAUAUUUUCUCAAUAAAAUGAGGGUUGCUUAUAAAGUCGAAAUUUUAAUUUCUUAAAUGUCAUGUGACCCCCCACUCCCCACCCCCAUUUUCUUGCAGGUAAAUUAAAUGUAUACUGCCUGAAUUAUGUUGAUACACUGCUUAUAUCAAUUAAAUGAAAAUGUUAACAUUAUCUGCAAUGCGAACUGAAUUGGUCCAACCGAGCCUACAGUCACAACCAGCUUAAUACAUGAUUCUGAAAGUGUGUUCUAUGUUUUAAAUGCUCUUUUCUGCAGUCUUUCGCCUUCCAGGACUUGACGACACAAUUCUGCGAUUUUAGUCAUUAAUAGUGACAUAGUAUUACUUUAUACCUGUGAUCAUUAAAUGAAGCAUUGUAAAUGACAGAUAUAUUGUACAUGUACCACUAAAGUAUUAAAACAUUCC